UGUUCUCUGAUAGAGCAAUGUAGAGCAAUCGAGGGGCGGGGAAUGGCAUGUGUGUGUUGUUGUCAUUCGUAUUGAAAUAACCUGCUGGCACGCAUAUGAAUGCAUGUGAUGCGUAACGUAACCCUGUAGCAUCCCGCUCUGGUUGCGGCGGCGACGUGCUUGUGGGUGCACUGCUACGAAAAUUCCCGUUAGUCGAAGCGAAACCUGUAACCACUGUACUGAAACUACACUGUACUGAAACUCCACGAUGGUACUCCCGAACAACGACUUGCCGGAGCCGGACAACUCGGGUGACGACGGUGGUGGACUGUCCGUACCUGCUUAUCACGUGAACCAACACGGCUCGUCCGAUUCGGACUCUGAGUUUGGCGACGGGGACAGCGUCGACCUAGGCGGCUACCAGCUACUCCCUCAGGACCCGGAUCAGGCGAGCGACGCGGAGGAGCUCGAGGAGGAACAAGAGGCCUCUCCAGGGUUUAUGGCUCUACCCGAGGCUCCCAGUGAGUGGCGACCAACAGAGGAGAUGCUGCGGCCUGCCGAGCCCCGACCAGUGGAACCUUUAGGACAAGCACAAAUUCAAGCGAUCCAGGCAGCCAUGGCAGGGUUUGAACUGCCCAGCUCUCACCUGCCUCCCUGGGCCAAAGACGUGCCCGAAGAGGAAUGGAAGCAGUGCCUCUACCGCAAGCUCAAAGGCCUGGCAGCACAACAAUCGUAACUUCGCAGUAAAAUAUGAGAACUCUU